AUGAGAUUAUUGAGCAUUUUUCUUGUUUUUCUAGCGGCUGAUGCAAAGAGAAAGAAACGAGGAAGAGUCAGGGGAGGAACAAAAGUUCGCAGUGCAACCAAAUAUCCUUCUUACGUCGCGAUGUUGCGGUUUAAUCAACAUUACUGUGGCGGAUCGAUUCUGGACGAAACAACGAUUCUAACCGCCGCCCACUGCAAACCCCGAAACAGUGAUCUCGUCGCCUUCGGAACAAACAAGCGAGCGGAACACCUUUCAAGCAGCGAAAAACGCACCAACACGGUCGGAAUCAAAAGCGUCAAGCUGCUCGGCAGAAAGCUCACUGGCAGCUCGCACAGCAAAUGGGACGAGAAGAUUUGGGACAAUGACUGGGCAAUCGUAAAAUUGGCGAAACCGAUUCCACUUGGACGAACUGCUGCGAAGGCGGAGCUUGCUACUUGGAAGGAAUUCGAGGAAAAUUUAUUGAACGGAUCAAAUAAUAAAUGCACAAUUAUUGGCAACGGCAUAACAGAUGUCAAAGGACAAUUUUCAGAGGUUCUAAAAGAAGGAACAGUGACUUUCGUCUCCGAGAGUCCGAAAACAUCUGGUUUCCGAACAAUUUGGAACUGCAACAAGAGAUCCGGCAAAAACUGUCUUCUCUUCAGAAACAGCAACAGGGCGAUCGUCGGUGCUGGCGACUCCGGUGGGCCGAUUUUCUGCAAGGGCGACGGUGGCAAAAUGAAAACGUACGGAGUUGCUUCCUGGGCCUCGAAAGAUGGCAAGUCAGAUGAUAAUACUUUGACGAUGGGAUUUGCGCCUGUUUUUUCGCCUGAUGCCCAGAAACACUUUGGCCAGUGGAAUCCCCAAAAUAGGCCGCCAAAUGCCAGCACUUUCAAGGGUUUUGACGAGUUGAUGAAUCACAUUGGAAACUCGCCCGGAUGCACCUGCCCCCAAGAAAACAAGCCGCCACAGGCUCCCCAGCGAAAGCAAUACAGACAGCCUCAAUACAAGUCACCCCCUUCAUAUGCCCGAAAUUCCCCUUCUCGAUCGUCGUAUUCCGGCUCUUCUUCGUCGAACAACAGAUAUCCGUCGAGAAAGCCCACGUAUAAUUCUCGCAAUUCUGCUUAUUCCCGUUCGUAUAAUUCUGGCUCUGGUUCCCGAAAUUUUGGCAACUCUGGAUCACGUUCGAACUCUCAGCCCAGCUACAGAAAUCGAAUGAGCGGACAAUACAGAGGAUAA